CGGCUCGCUAGUCCCAGUAGGCGCCGGGUUUCCCAAGAUGGCGGCCGACGUGUCCGUUACUCACCGGCCCCGGCUGAGCCCGGAGGCUGGGGCCGAGGUUGAAGCGGAUGAUGCCACCGAGCGCCGGGCUCCCGAAGAGGAACUGCCGCCUCUAGAUCCAGAAGAGAUCCGGAAACGCCUGGAACACACGGAGCGCCAAUUUCGUAACCGCCGCAAGAUACUGAUCCGGGGCCUCCCGGGGGACGUGACCAACCAGGAAGUGCAUGACCUGCUCAGCGACUAUGAGCUCAAGUACUGUUUUGUGGACAAAUACAAAGGGACAGCUUUUGUGACUCUGCUGAAUGGGGAGCAGGCCGAAGCCGCCAUCAGCGCCUUCCACCAGAGCUGCUUACGGGAGCGCGAGCUGUCAGUUCAGCUGCAACCCACAGAUGCUCUGUUGUGUGUGGCCAACCUGCCCCCCAGCCUCACACAGCAGCAAUUUGAGGAGCUGGUGCGGCCUUUCGGCAGCCUGGAACGCUGCUUCCUGGUCUAUAGCGAGCACACUGGCCACUCUAAGGGCUAUGGCUUUGCAGAGUACAUGAAGAAGGACUCAGCUGCCCGCGCCAAGUCAGACCUGCUGGGCAAGCUGCUGGGUCUGCGCACCCUCUAUGUGCACUGGACGGAUGCUGGGCAGCUGACGCCUGCCCUGCUCCAUUCCCGCUGCCUCUGUGUUGAUCGCCUGCCUCCUGGCUUCAGUGAUGUGGAUGCCCUGCGCCGGGCGUUGUCGGCUGUCCACACUCCCACCUUCUGCCAGCUGGCGUAUGGUCAGGAUGGACAGCUGAAAGGCUUUGCAGUGUUGGAAUAUGAGACGGCAGAAAUGGCUGAAGAGGCGCAACAGCGGGCAGAUGGCUUGGCUCUGGCGGGCAGCCAUCUGCGUGUCUCCUUCUGCGCCCCAGGGCCUCCUGGUCGUAGCAUGUUGGCUGCACUCAUUGCUGCCCAGGCCACAGCCCUCAAUCGGGGCAAAGGGCUUCUGCCUGAGCCCAACAUCUUGCAGCUGCUCAACAACCUUGGGUCCUCUGCCUCCCUCCAGCUGCUGCUUAACCCCCUGCUCCAUGGCAAUGCGGGAGGCAAGCAGGGCCUCCUGGGCGCACCCCCCACCAUGCCACUGCUCAAUGGACCUGCCCUGUCCACGGCACUGCUGCAGCUUGCCCUGCAGACCCAGAGCCAAAAGAAACCUGGGAUCCUGGGAGACUCUCCCCUGGGCACCCACCAGCCUGGGGCCCAGCCAGCCAACCCACUCCUUGGGGAGCUUUCUGCAGCAGGAGGACUGCCCCCGGAGUUGCCGCCCCGGCGAGGGAAACCACCACCCCUGCUGCCACCACUGCUUGGCCCUUCUGGGGGUGACCGGGAAGCCAUGGGUCUGGGUCCCCCAGCUGCCCAGCUCACUCCACCCCCUGCCCCUAUGGGGCUCCGAGGCACUGGCCUCAGAGGCCUCCAGAAAGACAGUGGGCCUCUACCUACACCCCCUGGGGUCUCACUGCUGGGGGAGCCCCCCAAGGACUUCCGGAUCCCCCUUAAUCCUUACCUGAACCUACACAGCCUGCUUCCAGCCAGCAACCUGGCGGGUAAGGAGGCCCGGGCCUGGGGAGGCGCUGGGAGAAGCCGCCGCCCAGCUGAGGGCCCCCUGCCUAACCCUCCAGCCCCCGGAGGUGGUAGCAGCAACAAAGCCUUCCAGCUCAAGUCCCGCCUACUCAGCCCCCUCACCAGUGCUCGCUUGCCCUCUGACCCAGGGCUGCCUGACAGCUAUGGUUUCGAUUACCCCUCGGAUGUGGGACCUCGGCGGCUCUUGUCCCACCCUCGAGAGCCAGCGCUCGGGCCUCACGGACCUAGCCGACACAGAAUGUCUCCCCCACCCAGUGGCUUCAGUGAGCGGAGUGGCGGGGGCAGUGGAGGUCACCUCUCCCACUUCUAUUCGGGCUCACCCACUUCCUACUUCACCAGUGGCCUACAAGCUGGCCUCAAGCAGAGUCACCUGAACAAGGUGGUUGGCUCCUCCCCACUGGGCUCUGGAGAAGGCCUCCUGGGCCUCAACCCUGGGCCCAACGGCCACAGCCAUCUGCUGAAGACCCCACUGAGUGGCCAGAAGCGCAACUUCGCUCACCUACUGCCUUCACCUGAGCCCAGCCCAGAAGGCAGCUACGUGGGCCAGCACUCACAGGGCCUGGGCGGCCACUAUGCGGAUUCCUACCUGAAGCGCAAGAGGAUUUUCUAAGGGGCCAGUGCCAGAGAUUCUCAAGGGCCUGCACCAAAUCGCUUUUGGGUUUUCUGGUGUUUUGUUUUGUGGGUCCCCCCUUCUUUGAUAAUAGGAAAAUCUCUGAAAGACUUCGCUGACCAACCAGCCGGAGCCCGAGGCAUGUGGGGGAGUCUGGGGCCACUCUGCACCUCUGGCCUGCUCCUGGCCUGGAAACCCUGCAGCCUUAAGAGAGAGGCCCUGGCCUGCUCUCCCCUCCCUGUGUCUGCCUGUGUCCACCUUUUUGGGAGUCCUCUCCUGCCUCAUCACUCCUGUAUCUUGGCCUUUCGAGUGCCUUGGAGGUUUCCCUGACCUCCCGUGAGGAUCAGAGACUGACCCCCUUUUUUAACUUUGACAAUUGACUUUUUUUUGUUUCCUUUUCUAAUUUUUAUUUUUUUAACAAUCCAGGAUGUUCCCCAGCUCUGAAUCCUUCAAGAUCCAGUGUGGCUGGGUCUCCAUUCCAUACUUUUCAGUUUGAGACAGUUCAGCCCUUUUCUCUUUCUCCCAUGUCUGCUGCAGGCAUGGGUCUCUCCAGCUCCUGCCGGCCUACUCUAACUUGUGCUUCACCUCCGGGUUCCUGGCUCCCUGCCACAGUCCCCUGGCCUUCUGAUGCCUUAAAGCUGGGCCCCAGGCCCUGCUGGCCAGAGCCUCUCAGAUGCCAAGCUCUGGAAGCUUGACUCAGGACCAAAUAGCUCUGGCCUAGGACCUUUCUACCCAGGGUCCCCACCCUAGGGACAGAAGGCCAAAGCCUUGGUCUUGGCCCAGCAACCCUACCAUUCCUUACCCUCCUCCUCCCUUCCUCACCCCGCCCCCCCUGCAGGUUUGGGUGCUUUUCUCUACCAGCUUAAACUAGUCCUCUGCUGUCUGGUAGUCAUGCAUCUCACUGAGCCUCUGCUCUUUCCCCCAUGUUGAAGAUUAUCUCCACCUCAUCAUUCCUAGGCCAUAUCAUCUGGAGCUGGCCUCCCUUUGGUCCAGUGCCGGCAACCAACAACUCCAGGCAGAUCAGCUCUGUCCCUGCCCACCAGCAGGACCUAUACACCUGUGGUGACCCUGGGUCCUGUGCCAAGCCAGCUGGGUCACCAGCUUCCCUCCCCUGAUAAUGGGGGUCCUUGUCCACUCCAGGAGGUGGGAGGGUGUCCACCCCCAAUCCUCUCACACAGACCUUUGCUGAAUUAAAGUUUGUAAGUAA